UGGGAGAGCGUAGGGAUACGACGAAGAAGAAGCCGCGCGCCAUCACCAUGGCUGCAAACGCAACCCACCAAUUUCUCAAAAUUCUAUCUUCUAAAGCCCUAAACCCUACAUUAUCAUCACCAUUGACUCAAAUUCGAAAAUUCCCAAUUUCUCAAAACCCCAGAAACUAUACUUCAGUUUUACAAGCUGCUGUAAACGAUAAUGUUGGUAGUAGUAGUGGAGGUAGAUCUGGAGGUCUUUCAUCACCUCCUCCUCCUCCCCCUCCCGUUAAUGAAAUAUCUGAGAGAAUUGAUAUUAAUCCUCCUAAAGGAACUAGAGAUUUUCCUCCUGAUGAAAUGCGACUUCGGACUUGGCUUUUUCAGAAUUUCAGAGAGGUUUCUCGAUUGUUUGGGUUUGAAGAGAUUGAUUUUCCUGUACUUGAAUCUGAAGCUCUCUAUAUAAGAAAAGCUGGGGAAGAAAUUAGAGACCAGUUAUAUAGUUUUGAGGAUAGAGGAGGUCGUCGUGUUGCACUGAGGCCCGAGCUUACUCCUUCAUUGGCAAGACUUGUGCUACAGAAAGGAAAAUCUUCCCCACUUCCAUUCAAAUGGUUCGCAAUAGGACAGUGUUGGCGUUACGAGCGUAUGACUAGGGGACGUCGUCGUGAGCAUUACCAGUGGAAUAUGGAUAUUAUUGGUGUUUCUGGAGUUGCGGCUGAAGCAGAGCUCAUUUCUUCAAUGGUCACUUUCUUUAAACGAUUGGGGAUCACAUCAGUAGAUGUUGGCUUUAAAGUUUCCAGUCGAAAGGUUCUACAAGAAGUGCUUCAUAGUUAUUCUAUACCAGAAAAUUUAUUUGGCAAAGUUUGCAUCACCAUUGACAAGUUGGAGAAGAUUCCUAUCGACGAGAUUAAAAAAGACCUUAAGUUAGUUGGAAUGACAGAUGAAGCUAUUGAAGAGCUACUUCAAGUUCUGUCUGUAAAGUCAUUGUCUGAACUGGAAGAGAUACUUGGAUCUUCAGGGGAUGCUAUUGCUGAAUUGAAACAACUCUUUUCACUUGCUGAUAAAUUUGGUUACUCUGAUUGGAUUCAGCUUGACGCAUCUGUUGUCCGAGGACUUGCUUACUACACUGGAAUCGUGUUUGAGGGAUUUGAUAGAAAAGGGAAGCUGAGAGCGAUUUGUGGUGGUGGACGAUAUGAUCGCCUGAUGUCUACAUUUGGAGGUGAUGAUGUUCCAGCCUGCGGGUUUGGAUUUGGAGAUGCUGUCAUUAUGGAAUUGCUCAAAGAAAAGGGACUUGUACCAGAGCUAACUCCUGCUGUGGAAAACAUUGUAUGUGCACUAGAUCAAGAACUUCAAGGAGCAGCUUCCUUCGUAGCGACCAAACUUAGAGAAAAGGGCCAAAAUGUCGAUCUUGUCUUGGAGAACAAACCUAUGAAAUGGGUGUUCAAGCGUGCAGAGAAGAUUAAUGCUGGAAGGUUGAUCUUGAUAGGGAAAAACGAAUGGGAGAAGGGACUGGUUCGAGUAAAAAAUCUAGCUACUUUUGAGCAAUGUGAUAUCGAACUAGACAAAUUGGAGUAAUUCUCCAAAAUUUUGUAUAUUCAAUCUUAUUCAUAUCUUGCCUACUGGUUUUCAUUUUCCUGUUUAUUUGUGGAUCAAAUUAGAAGGUUUUUAGAAUUUGGUUAUACUCCACGAGCAGAAUGCAACCACAUUUCAAUCAUUUUUGUAAUUUUCAUGUGUUUUUUCUCUCAAGAUUUUUUUUUUUUGAAGAAACCAUUUGUGAUAA